CACAGUGGGAGACCGCAGCGCCCUUGCCCGUGGACUUUCCCUGCCUGCUGCUUCCCCGCGAAGACUACGAUUCCCAGGGUGCCUCGCGGGCCAGAAGGGCGCGCGGGAAGGUGCCUCGCAGGACCCGGAUGCGGGCAAGAUGGCAGCCUAGUGGAAUGAAAAUUGGUGCCUAGAAGCAGAUUUUAAAGGCAGUUUCUUCCCCAUGUUUUUUCACACCACCUGAUAAGCUUCUUGAUAUAUUAUGGCGGCGGCAGCAGUAGCAGUGAAAUGGGCCAUAUCAAAGAGCGCUCUCUUGAAACAUUUAUUUCCAAUCCAAAAUGGAGCUUUACCUCAUGUUUGCUGUAAGUCUACGUAUUCUUCUCUUCCAGAUGACUAUAAUUGCAAAGUAGAGCUUGCUUUGACGUCUGACGGCAGGACAAUCGUGUGCUACCACCCUUCUGUGGACAUUCCAUAUGAACACACAAGACCUAUCCCUCAGCCAGAUCCUGUCCAAAAUAUUGAAGAAACACAUGAUCAAGUGCUGAAAACCAGAUUAGAAGAAAACGAAUGCCUUGAGCAAGGACCCAUGAUAGAACAGCUUAGCAAAAUGUUCUUUACAACGAAGCAUCGUUGGUAUCCUCGUGGACAGUAUCACAGACGUCGUAUGAAACUGAAUCCUCCAAAGGACAGAUGAUAUUGAGGUUCUUGGGACAAUCAGAGAGAAACGUUAUCCUGUACCUUGGAGAAAAUGCAUUCUAAUACUGCAUGGUGAUAGUAAAAUAAUAAAAUGUCUUUUCAAAUACUAAA